AGCUUGUUGUUAGAAACGUUUUUGUUUAUUAGAUCUAGAUUUCUGUUUGUUUUUCUUGUUACGGUUAUUAGUGUGACCUUACAAAUCGUGCAUUUCGGCUUUAUUUACAAAAGAAAGAAAAAUGCCUUCACAAAAUUCACUGAAAGCAUGUGACCAAGACAUAGAAGAUAUAGAAGACAUUGCUUUAUCAAGUGGAGAAAGUCGUCUGUUAAGAGAACAUAUAGUUCCACAUCCACGUUCUACAAGAACACAGCUAAAAGGCUCAAAUAACAAUGAAUCUCCGUGUGAUGAGAAUGCUGUGGGGGAUAACGAACAAAGAGAUAGCUAUGUCCCUGGUACACAGUCUAUUUAUUUAAAGACAUGGGGCUGCUCACAUAACAAUUCAGACAGUGAAUACAUGGCUGGUCAGUUGGCAGCCUAUGGAUACCAAAUAACAGAUGAUAAAGAAAAAGCUGAUUUGUGGUUGUUAAAUAGCUGCACAGUGAAAAAUCCAGCAGAGGAUCAUUUUAGAAACUUCAUUCAAGAUGCUAAAGCAAAAAAUAAAUUGUUAGUCCUAGCAGGGUGUGUGCCUCAGGGUCAGCAGAAGUCAGAUUAUAUGCAGGGACUGAGUGUUGUUGGUGUUCAGCAGAUAGACAGGGUUGUUGAAGUUGUGGAGGAGACACUGAAAGGCAAUUCUGUUCGACUACUUGGACAGAAAAAAACUUCAGGCAGGAAGUCUGGCGGUGCAUCACUCAGUCUUCCCAAAAUCAGAAAAAACCCACUUAUUGAGAUCAUUGCUAUCAACACAGGAUGUCUAAAUCAGUGCACAUAUUGUAAAACAAAACAUGCAAGAGGGGAUCUUGGUAGUUACCCUCCAGAGGAGAUUGUUGAGAGGGCUAAACAAUCAUUUUCAGAGGGUGUGGUAGAACUGUGGUUGACGUCUGAGGACUUAGGAGCAUAUGGCCGUGACAUUGGUGUUAGUUUACCACAGUUGCUAUGGAAACUAGUGGAAGUGAUCCCAGAAGGUGCCAUGAUGAGAUUAGGAAUGACAAACCCUCCUUAUAUACUGGAACACUUAGAGGAGAUGGCUGUGAUUUUAUCCCACCCUAGGGUUUAUUCAUUUCUUCACGUACCAGUUCAGUCAGCAUCAGAUAGUGUCUUGAUGGAAAUGAGAAGAGAGUACUGUGUUGCAGACUUUAAGCAUGUUGUAGAUUUUCUAAGAGAGAGAGUUCCAGAUGUUAACAUUGCUACAGAUUUAAUAUGUGGUUUCCCAACAGAGACUGAUGAGGAUUUUGCUGAAACACUGGCACUAGUCAGUCAUUACAAAUUUGCCAGUCUCUUCAUCAAUCAGUUUUUUCCUCGACCCGGAACUCCAGCUUUUAAAAUGCAGAGAAUACCAGCAGAUGAGGUAAAAAAGCGCACUAAAGCUGUAUCUGAGCUCUUUCAGUCAUACCACCCUUUCACUCACAAGCUUGGAGACCUGGAAGAUGUUUUAGUGACUGAAAUCUCACAUGACCAGCAAUAUUAUGUUGGCCACAACAAAUCCUACCACCAGGUGUUGGUUCCUAAGCAGGAGAACCUAAUGGGAAAAAUAGUGCGAGUGAAAAUAGUUGAAACUGGCAAGCACUUCAUGAAAGGGGUUGUACUUGAUGCAGUAGAGCUACCUCAUAUACCCAUGCCUCUGCCAAAAGGACAAGUCUCUGGUUUAACAUCAGGCGUCCCUAAAGUUGAGUUCCAGAAACAGUCACAAGGGUUUCCAUGGUUUUGGGUGGGUGUGUCACUGCUGAGUAUAAGCAUAGUUGUUCAAGCUUAUAGAAAGUUCAAUAAAUGAUAUUGUUUAUUUUA